UUGUGAUAAUUGUUUAUUAUUUUAGCUUGGUGGUGAAGCAGGGGUUAGUUCAGCGCAACUACAAAAAGUGAAGACUCUGUUUCGGAUAAUGCCAUUCGUCAUGCUUCCCUUCAUUGCAUCCAUGCCCAAGGCUGUUUUCUGUUACUGGAUAACUUCCAACUGCGUAUCAAUAGCUCAAGUUGGAUUGUUAAAAUUCCCUGCUGUCCGCGAUGCCUUGAAGAUUCCUAAACGUAUUAAGCACAAACCCGGUGACAUGCCAAAGCAGGAAGGCUUCGUAGCAAGUGUGAAAUCAGGCUGGAAAAAUGCUCAAUCAUCAUUUGAAGUUGACCAAGCCAAGAAAAGCCAGCUACAACGAUUAAGGGAAUCUGGCACAGGGCCGGUGCCCCAAACCUUCUCGUACGACCCAACGAAGCAGCAACCGACCCCAGCCCAACCAAUGUCAACAACAACCAAAUCUGCCCGCAAGAAAGUUCGCUAGGUGUUUACUAGGAGUGUGUAAUUACGAAAAAUUUUAAAAAACUGCUGGAGAAUUGCUACUUUGUACUCCAGUGCUGCAGUGUGGAGGUCAACAUGCUUGCCUUCCAAUCCUCCCAGGACCUGUUGUGCUUACUUCUUUUAAUACAAACUUGGUACUAUUGUUUUCAGUGGUGUGUCUAGGAUUAUUGACAUGGGGUG